AUGAACAACAACGAGGCCGCCGAGACCGAGAGCGGACCCUCAGACUACCACCGCAACGAGGGCCAAUCCCAACCACCAGCCAGCGCGCGAAACCAGCAACACCCAGCAGUCUCUACAAACCGCGGCACCCACAACGACUUCGACUACCUCAAUAUCCCGACGCCCGCCCCAGUGGAGGUAUCCUUACCUAAGCCACGGACAUUCAACUUCCCCAACGCGCAGACAGAGGCCAAGUACAUCGCUUGCAUGCGCGGAAAGCUCCUUGAAGCGAAGAACUACAUACUCAAGGAGCAAGAGCUUGGUCUCGACCCUGACCGUCCUGGCAUGCACAAAGAGCUGACUGCUAUCCUUCUCGCGCAGCCGCCUAUCAAGAUCGAUAUGAAUGCCCAGCAGCUGGUGCGACUUCUGCUUCUGGGAGCGGUGCAGCUUAAAGAGCUGGCGAGAGAGAGAACAGCUGAGGACCCUCAGGUGCUAGAGGCGAUGGCUGAUUAUUGGCUGUUUUGGACGCAGUUGCGGGCUAUCCUCGUGUGGCAGAUGCCUGGGAGGGAUGAGGGUCAGAGGGUGGAGCGGGCAGAUGCGAUGAUGAGCGAGGUGUUGGAGAAGAUAGUUGAGCCUUAG